AGGUCGGGAUCCAGUCAUUGCCGAUAUAAGAAAGGGACAAGAAAAAAAUCACCCAACACGUCCUGCAGAAUGGGCUGACAAGGGUUUUGUGUUUCGGUACGACAAAUUGACAAUUUUGUAUAAAUACCCCAUAAAGGCCCUGGACCUGCUUUUCCCCAUCCUUCGUCGCAAACAGACUCACAAAGCAUUGCAUCACUCCACAUUCCCGUCCACAAUGUCCCUCACCCCCGACCAAGUCGGCCUGAUCAAGGCCACCGUGCCUAUCCUCCGGGAACACGGCAUGACGAUCACCGUUACUUUCUAUAAGAAUAUGUUGGCCGCCCACCCGGAGCUGCACGCGGUCUUUAACACCGCCAGCCAAGUCAAUGGCCAUCAACCCAAGGCUUUGGCUGGCGCCCUCUUCGCCUAUGCGUCUCACAUCGAUGAUCUGGGUGCUCUGGGUCCGGCCGUCGAGCUGAUCUGCCACAAGCACGCGUCGCUCUACAUCCAGCCCGAGCAGUACGACAUCGUGGGUAAAUACUUGCUGGAGGCCAUGGGUCAAGUUCUGGGCAGUGCCCUCACUCCGGAGAUUCUGGACGCCUGGGCCACGGCCUACGGCCAGCUGGCCAAGAUCAUGAUUGACCGAGAGGCCGAGCUGUACCGCCAGAGCGAAGGCUGGACUCAAUUCCGUGACUUCCGUGUCGUGGCCAAGGUGCCCGAGUCCGCCGAGAUCACCUCCUUCCACCUGGCUCCCGUCGACGGCCAGGCCCUGCCCAAGUUCCAACCGGGCCAGUACAUCUCCGUCCAGCUGUUUGUGCCGGAUCUCAAAUACCCCCAGGCGCGCCAGUACUCGCUGAGUGACGCCCCCCACGCCGACCACUAUCGCAUCAGCGUCCGCAAGCAUCCCGGUCUCGACCUCAGCAACCCCGGCGCCAAGACCAGCCCGGGAUACGUGUCCAACCUGCUGCACGCCAACGUGCAAGAGGGCGACGUGCUGAAGGUGUCGCAUCCCUACGGCGACUUUUUCUUCCGCGAGGAACUCGCCGGCAAGAACCCCGUCGUCCUGCUGGGUGCUGGUGUGGGCCUCACUCCCCUCAUGUCCAUCCUCAACACCCUCGCCGGCAACACGGCACCCGACCGCCCGGUCACGUUCAUCCACGGGGCCCGCACGGCACGGGCGCGUGCCUUCCACGGGUACGUCCAGGGGCUGAAGGAGAAGAUUCCCUCGCUCAAGACGAUCUUCUUCAACAGCGAGCCCGCUGCCGAUGAGACCCCCGGCGUUGACUACGACAAGGCGGGCCGCAUCACCUUGCCCCUGCUGGACCGUAGCGCGGACUUGCACCUAGACGACCCUACUACCGGGUAUUACGUGUGUGGACCUGAGAGCUUUAUGGUCGAUAUGCGGGCGUGGUUGCGCGAACAGGGCGUCGGUGACGACCGACUAAAUCUUGAAUUGUUCGGCACUGGCGGUGUGCCGGCUUGAUUUUGUUUACGAAUGCCACGGUGCUUGGGAAUUUAGCAAUAGGUCUCCGCCACUCUAUUGAAUAUUGUUUGACGAGACAUGAGCAUAUGAUACACUUUGGUUACUUUCCUCCCAAACACCGUCAUCUUUUUAUUGUCCUUGCAUAGUUAGACUGUACUUAUUAUAUAUGUAGACUUAAACUGCUGAUGUUGGUUACUUCGCUGCAGAGUAUAUCAACAAGG